UCAUUGAUUGGCUGUGUUGCCGCUGGUGCUGAUGUGGUGUUCUGAAGCGAGCGAAGCGGCUCGUUGAUUCCGAUUCUUGUUUUCCACCGGACUGACUCUCUCCGCCAGAUCCAGAACCCAGAACCAUGCCUCACUAUCACACCUGGGAGGAGUUCGCGCGCGCAGCAGAGAAGCUCUAUCUGACAGACCCCAUGAAGGUGAGAGUGGUUCUCAAGUACAGACACUGCGACGGAAACCUUUGCAUCAAAGUCACCGACAAUGCCGUGUGUUUACAGUACAAGACAGACCAGGCCCAGGACGUGAAGAAGAUCGAGAAGCUCCACGGGAAACUGAUGAGACUCAUGGUGUCCAAGGAGACGCACAGUGGCUCCAUGGAGACGGACUAAAAUGCUCCAGAGCAGAGGACACAACGGUUGUUAGAGCACAGGACCAUCACAGUGCCAUGUGGAGUCUGGGGGGGGGUCUGGCUGUGUACAUAGAUGUUAUACCACCAGAGAUGUGAUAGAAAUAUACAGAAAAAUAUAUUUCUUUUUUUUUUUAUGAGACUUAAAGUAAAAACCCCAUUAUCCUGCUUUUCCUUAUCAGGCAUUGUGAUCACAUCCCUGAUGGUAUGACUCUAAAGAAGGGGAGUGUCAGUGUGAGCAGCUCUGGCUCCUUGAUUUCUGUAGAGGAGCUGCAUUUAAUUUCAGUUUUUAAAAGAGGACGGGCAUGGAGACAUUACAUGUCUUUUCUAUUCACAUCUAUGUAGCGAUGUUGGAUUCAGUUUCAGCACAGCGUUUGGUUCCUUUUUGUUUUUUCCUCCUGGACUCGUGCCACACCACUGGAGCAGGAGCUUCUGAUUGGCUGGCGACAGUGUGGAGGAACCCCACACACCUACUAAUGCCAUUUUGUCGACUGAGAAUCAUUGUUACUUGUUCAAUAAACGUUUAUUUACCCCAGUACA